UUUUUUUUUUUUUAAUUUUACAUUCUUAACAUUUAUAUUCAACAUGGCUGAUAUUGAACGUCUCAAGAGCUUACUUGGUACACAUGAAGACUUUCCCCAAAAGGGCAUUGUCUUCAAGGACAUGUUCCCCAUUUUCCAAGAUCCCACUGCUGUUGAGGCACUCAUCUGUAACAUUGUUCAACAUAUCAAUGCUACUUAUGAGGAAAAGAUUGACGCUGUUGUUGGUCUUGAUGCCCGUGGUUUCUUAUUUGGUCCCUUGGUUGCUCUUCGUUUAGGUGCUGCUUUUGUACCUGUUCGUAAGCAAGGUAAGUUACCCGGAGACUGUGCUCAAGCCAUUUACAAGAAGGAGUAUGGAGAGGAUGUCUUUGAGAUCCAAAGAGCUUCUCUCAAGGAAGGUGCUCGUGUGAUUGUCAUUGAUGAUUUAAUUGCCACUGGUGGUUCUGCUGCCGCUGCUGGUGAGCUUAUCAAGAAGUGUAACGCCAAGACUGUUGAAUACGUUUUUGUCAUGGAGCUUGAUUUCUUGCACGGUGCUGAGGUUUUGGAUGCUCCCGUCUACUCUUUAAUCCACUUGUAAAUUAAAAAAAUUAAAUUUAUUCAUGUCACGGUAUUCCAUACACACACACAC